CAGCGCAGUGCGUCCCUCUACUUGUGUUCGCUCUUCUUUGAGUUUUCACAUAAAACGGAGAAAAUCAAAUCUCAUCCAUGGGCGAUUGGUCUCAACUCCCAAGAGAACUCCUUGACCUAAUCGCCAAACACCUCCAAUCCGAAAUCGAUCUGAUCCGAUUCCGAUCCAUCUGCUCCUCGUGGCGAUCCUCCGUUUCCUCCAUUCAUGACCCCACUCCUUCCCGUUUCCCAAUCCUCCCAAACGAAGGCAUCUCCGACACUUCCUGGGGUUUCUAUCUCUCCAAACGCACCAUCUUCCGCCUCGGUUUACCCCAACCCCAUCGCCAAACACCCCCCAACGAUGAUGAUGAUGGCGGCUGGCUCAUCAAGAUCGAGCAAGACCUCCCUCUCCGUACCCACCUCUUGAAUCCUCUCUCCCGAUCCGAAUUCAAGCCCUUGCCGGACACUUUCCCUCGUAAUCUCGAUUUGUUGAGGUAUCGGGUUUGCGAAUUGGGUCACGAGUACAUUCUUCAGUACAUUAAUUAUCGACCCUUUGCCAAUUCCAUCUCUGAUGCUGGGAAUUUGUAUAUGGAAAAGGUUGCGUUUUGUUCGAUGGGUUGUUUGGGUUCUGGGUUUGAAAGUGCUGUGCUUUUGACCAUUCAUGUUUCUGGGAAAUUAGCAAUGUUCAAGUUCGGCGAUCGGAGAUGGACUAUUAUUGAUGAUUUUCCUUCUCCGUAUGAUGAUGUCAUUGUCUUUGAUGGCAAGUUCUAUGCUGUUGAUAAUACUGGUAGGACUGUUGCUGUCAAUGUUAAUAGUAGUUCAUCUUCAGACUCGACCCCAAUUGUGGAUUUGAUCGCACAUUCUGUUUUUGGUGGUGAUAAGAAAAUUUUGGUGAAAUCUGGUGCUGAAUUGUUAUUGGUCGAUACGUAUUUGAGCGUUGGGCCUGAGGAUGAUCUGGCUUUCGAUGAGGGUUUUGAGUUUUACGAGGAAUUCGAUUGUUACACGAAUGAGAGAACUGUUCGGUUUAAGGUUUUUAGGUUGGAUCGGAGUGAGCAGAAAUGGGUUGAACUGGAAAAUUUGGGGGAUCGAAUGUUGUUUUUGGGAGACAAUUGCACGUUUUCAGCCUCCGCUUCUGAGUUUUCUGGGUGCAAAGGAAAUUGCAUAUUUUUUACAGAUAAUUACUUCUACUUGGGCAGGGAAGAAGAUGAUGUUCCGAAGGGUCGCGGUGUCGGUGUUUUUGAUUUGGAGACUGGUAAUAUUGUGUCUUUGGCUAAUUGUCCAGGUUACUCCAAGUUGUUUUGGCCACCACCUAGUUGGGUUUCUUCAACAAUGUUGGAAGUUGGGUUGAAUCAGCUUGGCAUCUAAACUUCUUCAGAUCACAUUUUAGUAAGGGGAUAUGAGAUAAUGCACUGGAGGGAUGGCAAGCGUAUGAUAUUUAUGUACAUAUGCUUUUCCUAGGUGUUGGUUUUAUGUCGUUAUCUUGUACACUUUACUACUGUCCUCCAGGUUAAUCACUCUAGAUGUGAUUUUUUACCUAAAUUGCUGAUGUGCCGUGUGAGGUGCUGAUCUUUUAAUAAGUUGUGGUACCUGAAAUCCAUUAUCUAUCUGCAAUUUGAAUUCCAGAGCUUUUUAAAUGGGGGUGGGGGGGCAUCUCAUGGCUUGGUCCAUGAGAUGUUUAAGACAAAUGAAUUCACAACCUUUCAUUACUUCUAGACAGAUUUUGUGUUUGUAUUAAAAUUAUCUACACUUUUUCCUUUUCUGUGUUU